AUGAAGAAGGAGAAGGGGAAAGAUAAGGAUAAGGAGAAGGAGAAGGAGAAGGAGAAGGAGAAGGAGAAGGAGAAGGAGAAGGAGAAGGAGAAGGAGAAGGAGAAGGAGAAGGAGAAGGAGAAGGAGAAGGAGAAGGAGAAGGAGAAGGAGAGAUGGUUUGAUGGCUCUGUGUGUGGGGGAAUGGGGGGGGGGGUUAAAAGGUAG